AUGACUCCUACGAUAUGCGACUCAGUGGAUACCAGUCGUCCCUUCAGAUCGCGACCUGAUAUUGUCGUACCGAAGCUGAAGGUUACCUUGCACAACCCAAGUUUGGUGAGCUCUGGAUUUUACUUCCUUGCACCUUUCAAGAGCUAUGUUUCGACACCAAUGAUAUUCGACAAUGCGGGGGAAUUAGUAUGGGCUGGCAGCGACGCAUACGCAGGAACAGAAGGAGCAGGUGCCCAUGUCUACGAUUUUCACACAUGCGACUUCCAGGGCUUACCGCAUCUAUGCAUGCUGCGCGGCUUUAACGACCAAGGCAAUGCUAGGGGUCAGGGGAUUAUUCUUGAUUCGCAUUACCAACCUGUGAAGCACAUAUCAGGCGGGGGGCACACGACCUCGUGCGACCUUCAUGAGUUUACAACUGCAGAAUCCGGAACAACAUCAAUCAUCACUCAGUAUCGGCGUCGACUAUACGAUUUGAGCGGACAGGUUGAAAACCGUGGCAUGAUCUGGAUCCUCGAGGGAGUCUUCCAGGAGAUAGAGAUCGAGUCAGGACGGGUAAUAUUUGAAUGGAGAUCAUUGGAUCAUGUCGACCCAGCCGAAAGUCAAGUUCAACCUGGGCGAGGAACCCGUACAGCACCAUGGGAUUACGUCCACCUGAACUCGGUUGAGAAAAUGUCUGAUGGUGACUACCUUGUAUCGGCAAGGCAUACUUCAACAAUUUUCAAAGUCUCCAGCCGGGAUGGAAGUAUUAUCUGGCGCCUUGGUGGAUCCAAUUCGACUUUUGGGUCUAUGGAACCAGCGAUCCUGUUCCAGCAUCAUGCCCGCGUGCUAUCGGAUGGAGCAGAUACUACCAGGAUCUCGUUAUUCGACAACGCUCGUCGUCCAGCUUUCGAACCUGAGCGACCAUCUUCCGGCUUGCUUGUGUUGCUUGAUCACCGAACAAAGACGGCCCGAGUUGAAAAGCGGUAUUCUGGACCAGAUAUUGAAUACACAACCAAAAUUGCAGGUAGUACACUCGUUCUUCCCACCGGGAACGUUCUUGUAGGGUUUGGCGAUGCAGCCUGCUUCACCGAGUAUACCAGCGAUGGAAUACCAGGCUUCAAAGCAUGUGUUCGGGACCAGUCACACGGGACCCUUUACCGCGUGUACAAAAGCCCAUGGAUAGCUUUCCAUGUCAGCUGGAAUGGCGCCACGGAGGUGAAAAGUUGGCGAGUCUACGGUUCUCUGCAUCCGGAUGGUCCGUUCUCGCAAGUCACCCAGGUGCCCAAGGAAGGAUUUGAGACUAUCAUCACUACGGAACAUCACUACGUCAAAUCAUAUGUGGAGGCAAUCUCUUCUACCGGAAAAGUUCUCGGAAAGUCAGAAGUGGUAGCGACAUUUGUGCCAUCUGAAGCUGCCGCUAUUCAAUGUGACGACAUAUGGUGCACAGAGCCACAACACUGUCUCGCGCCAAGUCAGAUCACCACCACCGCCGCCGCCACUAGAGUCCCCAAGGCUAAAGCUUUGCGGGUCGUUAACGAUUGGCUAGAAAGCACACAGUUUCAAGGAGAUGAAUAG